AUGAGCCGUGCGAAGCUUGAUGAGUCGCGUACAAGCAACUUCAAGGAACCCCAGAACUACUGGGGAUUUGCAAACUUCCCGAAUCAAGUAUUCAGAAGAGCUAUCAAGAAUGGUUUUGAUUUUACUUUGAUGGUUGUUGGUCGUAGUGGUCUGGGAAAGUCUACCUUCAUCAACACCCUGUUCUUAGCUGAAAUCAAUGAUGUUUCGGAUUAUGCCCCUGAAUUACCUGCUUCUACAGUUAGAAUUGAAGAGAAGCAUGUGAAAUUGGUCGAAAACAGUGUUACUCUGAAUCUCACAUUGGUUGACACUCCAGGGUUUGGUGAUGCUGUCAAUAACUCAAAAUGUUGGGAUCCAAUAAUAAAAUACGUGGAAAGCAAAUAUUUGGAAUUUUUCUCAGAAGAAAUUAGAAUCGAAAGAAGUGAGAAAUGGGUUGACAAGUGUGUCCAUCUUUGCUUGUACUUCAUUGAGCCAUCUGGACAUGGUCUCAAGCCAAUUGAUAUUGAGUUCAUGAAACAACUCAGUGGACUCAUCAAUAUUGUUCCUGUUAUCGCUAAAGCUGAUUGCCUAACCAAGGAGGAGUUACUCCGUUUCAAAGCUCAGAUCAAUAAGGAUAUUGAAGCCAACAGCAUUAAGUUGUACAAGUUCCCAGAUGGGGAUGAGGAUAAUGAGAAGAUAACUCAUGAUCUCCGUAAUAAGCUCCCAUUUGCCAUUGUUGGAAGUAACAUGAUCAAAGACAAAGAUGGCAAGAGAGUGCGAUACAGAGAGUAUCCUUGGGGGGUUGUUGAGGUUGAAAAUAUGGCUCACAAUGAUUUCAUUGCUCUUCGUGAUCUCAUUGUUCGGACUAACUUGAUCGAUAUGAUAGAUGUAACUAGAUCUGUUCAUUACGAAAACUAUCGUUAUCGACAAAUGGAAAAACUACCUAAAAACUCCGGUGAUCGGGAUCCAUUCACUCAAAUGGAAGAAGAACGAAGAAAUAAAGAGAAAGAGUUAACUGAGAAGAAAACUAACAUGGAUAAAUUGUUCGACGAAAAAGUUCGCGAAAGGGAGAACAACAUACAAAAAAGGAAAAACGAUAUGUUGAACUUUGAGAAGGAACAACAACAGUGUCUAGCUUCAAAGAAGCAAGAACUUGAGAGAUUGAAAACUGAGAUCUUCGCCGCGGAUCUAGCAGUGACUCAAAAGUUUCGUUACAAGGGAGUAAUGAAAACGCAAAUCGCACAAGCCCGGACAAAACUAAGAAACGGAUUGCUACUUUGGGGUUAUGGAACCGUAACUAGUGUGUAA